AAGACUUGAAGAACAAAUAGAACAAUCAAGUUUUUUUCCGUUUUAAAGUUAAUUUAUAUCCAAAAGUUUUAAAAUAAUGGCGGUUUCUAUAUUUCUAUAUUUGUGAAUUUUAAGUAUAUAGGUGUAUAUGUAAUCCUUCGUGAGUAUAUAAUAUAAUGUAUAAAAUACACAGACCAAUUUUUCAACCAACGAUUUAAUUGACAGAAUUUCAGAAGGAACUUUCACAUAACCAAACAUGAAACCGAUUUGGGUGGUGAAAAACGGUUUUCCUCCGAUGGUGUUGCGUCUUCAGAAGAUUGCUCCAAGUUAAUGUACAUCGCUGACACUUUUGCCAGUAUGAACGAUGGGUAUCAUAAUGACAAGGUGUCACCGCACACAAAAUAUGAAAAAUUUGAAGGCAUUACUCUAAGCAGGAUAACUUUCUUAGUUUACAUCGGAGUUAUUAAAGCGCCAUAUUUGCAACUAUUAUUGGAACUUACCGAAAUCAUACAGAAAAAGAUGACUGAGAAGUUUAAUAUUGAAAAACAGCUGUAUUUUUCUUAUACUCAUUUAGUUUGCAGAUCUGCUCUAACAAAUAAUUCUGGAAGAACCGAUUUCAGUCACAUGGUCCAUGCGGAUAAUUGCAAUUUAUUAUCAGAUGUCAAUUGCGAGAAAAAAUCUCCAGCAUUUUCUUGGAGAGAUUACAGCACGAUUUUAUAUUUGAAUGAUGAUUUUGAUGGCGGAGAGUUUGUUUUCGCCUCAGAUUCCAAAGGAAGACAUAUCCAGAGUACGAUCACUCCAAAGUGUGGCCGAAUGGUGGCAUUUUCGUCAGGAAAAGAAAACUUACAUGGAGUUAAGGCGGUGAGAAAAGGAAAACGAUGUGCAAUAGCAGUUUGGUUCACUUUGGAUUCUAAAUACAAAGAAUUUGAUCGAGAUAUUGCUCGUCACAUGUUGGACAAUGGUAUUACAUUUGAUCAGUAUUUUGACAAACAGCUCAAGGAAUUUUUAGUUUCCCAAAUAUAAAUUCUUAUACCUAAGUACCUAUUUGCUCAAUUAUAGAGUUCAAAUGUAAGAUAAACGACACAAACCAAAUGUUGAUAAUUUUAGGCCAUAGGUACCAUUUUUUGUUGCGUCAGUUUAUAAGAUUCAAAUGUUAUAGGUACCUUUUAACAAUAAAUAUUAUGACUAAUUUAAAAACACACUAAUAGUAAUUAUUAUUAAGCUCAGAGUGAAAUGUAGAUUUAGUUUUUUACUUUAUUUUUGCAAGGAAAGUAAUUUUUUUACAAUGGUUGUGCUCAAAUGUAUUUUUUCUUUGGGUUGUGAAUUUUAUUUAUCUGUCGCGUUGGUACUUAGUUUGAUUAUUUAGAUCUUAAGUAUUGUAAGAUUUGAUUCUUGUCCAAUUUCAAAUUCUAGUCUAUGAGCUCAGGAACGCAAUUUUUUUCUUGUAUUGUUUUAUA